AUGACAGAGAUCACGGACAGCAAGCCCGGGGUUCAGUCAGUCUCUAAAGACACCCCUCUGGAGGAGAUCCUCAGCAUAAUCAAGCGCGACGGCUGUGUGGUCGUGAAAGAGCUCGUCUCGGUCGAAGACGUCGAUCAAGUAAAUCAGGACAUUCAAGAGAGACUCAACCGUGACCUUGAAUGGAAUGGCAGCUUUUUCCCGAAGGAAACCCGGCGGGCACCGUCGAUGAUCGCGUUGAGUCCUACCUACACCAAGACCCAAGUGAUGAACCCAUUGUUCCAGGCCAUUUGUGCGUACUUCCUCACCACGCGCAGCGUGUUCUGGUGGGGUGAUCAACAGAAGGAGUCAGUGUCCAAGCCGUACGUGACUUCAUGUACAGGCAUUGAGGUUGGACCUGGUGCCAAAGCCCAGCCGUUGCACCGAGACUCUUACAUCAACCACAACAUUCUCCCCGAAAUCAGUAAGUGGGACGAUGAGCGGGACCAGAACCGCGAGACGGCACUGGGGAUGAUGGUAGCUGGCUGCAAGGUCACCCGAGAGAACGGGGGGACCCAAUUCAUCUUGGGGAGUCAUCUAUGGGGAACCAAGAGAACUACGCCGCCCAGUGCCGAGGACUGUGUCGUUGCCGAGCUGGAGAAGGGCGAUGCUCUGAUCAUGUUCUCCUCCAUCUAUCAUGGAGGUGGAAACAAUACAACCCAGGGUGAACGUCGCAUUGCGUAUGCGACUUUUGCGGUGAGAGGAUAUUUCAGACAGGAGGAGAACCAGUAUCUCGCAGUCCCGCAGGAGGUGGUCAAGACCUAUGAUCAUGCUACUCAAAAGUUCAUCGGAUAUUCUAUGAGUGACCCAGCAUGUGGGUAUGUGGAGGAACUCAGUCCAUUCUAUCUUCUCCAUCCGGAGCUGUUGCAAGAUGCCAGACCGCAGGACUUUUAG